AUGCUCUUUAUCACACUCACGACGAUAGCACUAUUCGUGUUCGCCUGGCAGCGCACGCUACGACGACAACAACGACCACGCUCCUCGGUGCCGUUCCCGCCAGGUCCCAAGCCGCUUUGGUUGCUCGGCAAUAUCUUCGAUCUGACCGCGAAGGAACUGUGGCUCGUCGUCACGAAAUGGGGGAAGAAAUACGGCGACGUCGUCUACGUCCACGUCUUCGGACAGGGACUGGUGUUCUUGAACAGCCCAGAAGCGGUCUGCGAUCUGCUGGAUAAGCGAGGGUCGGUGUACUCUGAUAAGCCACAACUGGUUAUGGCGGGAGAGCUAUGUGGAUGCGAGAACAUGGUCGCAUUUACGGGCUACGGCGAGCAGAUGAGGAGGCAGCGCAAGCUGCUGACGAGCGCGCUGGGCAUCAAGGCCGUGCCGGCGUAUCAUCCGCUCAUGGAGGAGGAGACGCAGGUGUUCCUGAGGAGGCUGCUGGCGACGCCCGAUGAGCAUUUGCUCCACACACGCAGGUACGCGGGCGGGCUGACGCUCUCCGUGUUGUACGGCUACACGGUCUCGUCCAACGAUGACCAGUUCCUCCGCAUGGCCGAAGAGUGUGUGGAUAUCCUCUCGAACAGAGUCGCGUCUGGUGGGGGGAUCUGGCCCGUGGAUAUCUUCCCGGCGUUGAAGAACUGGCCUCUGUGGGCUCCGGGCUCUGCGUUCAGGAGGAACGCGAUGGUGUGGAAGGCCAAGAUGGAGGAGUUUGUCGAGAAGCCGUUCGAGUAUACGCUUAGGUCGCUGAAAUACGGUACCUACGCACCGUCAUUCUGCUCAAGGCUGCUCGAGGAGAUGGAUAAUCGCUCAGACCAGUUUAUGUUUGAUCUCAAAUGGACGGCGAAUUCGAUGUAUUCUGCCAGUGGAGAUACGACUAUCACGACCGUCAUGCAUUUCAUCUUGGCGAUGAUACUCUACCCCGAGGUGAUGGAGAAAGCACGCAAGGAGAUCGACAGUGUCAUUGGAACCGAACGUCUUCCUACUUUUGCGGACCGCGCUUCCUUGCCUUAUGUCGAUGCUAUUUUGAAAGAGACCUGGAGAUGGGGCGUUCCAGUCCCGUUAUGCCUGCCGCAUCGACUUAUGGAAGACGAUGUCUAUCGGGAUAUGUAUAUUCCCAAGGGAUCUUUGGUCUUUGGCAACAUCUGGUCCAUCCUCCGAGACGACUCGAUAUAUCCGAAUCCUCAUGCAUUUGAGCCAGAGAGGUUUUUGAACCCUGUGGAUCCUGUGACCGAAAAGCGGAGAGAUGUGCGGAAUUACGUGUUUGGAUUUGGGAGACGGACGUGUCCUGGUGCGCACCUCGUCGAGUCGUCGGCAUGGCUUUUGAUAGCGGGUAUGCUGGCCACGCUUGACAUACGGAAAUCGGUAGACGAUGCGGGUAACGUCAUCGAACCUAUAGUGGAGUUUGAUAAUUCGGUGUUUAGAACACCGAACCCAUACAAGUGUACGAUUAAGCCUCGAUCUGAACAAGCGGUAAGACUCAUCAGUCAGGCGGGUCUACAGGUUUAG